AUGACGAGGAGUAUACUACAAUUGAGUCUUCGAAAGAUGGAUAAAACCCACCCAACUAAGACAUCCCCCAAACGCACCCGCCCCACCCGCCGCACUAAACCCAAAGCGCAACCCGCCUCCUCAAUCCGCAGCGGCCUUAUAAACCGGGCCUCACCCCGACCAACUUCAUCUUCUCCCUCCCCUUCUCAUCCUCCAUCGCCUCGGCGAAAGCGUCUUCUUCUUCCCUCUCUUCGCACCGGCUCUCCCGGGUCCAAGGACCCGGCCUCAAGUAUAGAAGAAUGGUUGUCACUGCAGUUACCAGCAUGCACGCCAUCCGCCAGACCUUCGCGUUUAUCUGCGCAAAGCCAGACCUCUCCGCCGCCGCCGUAUAAUAGUUCCCAUUUCUACCAGGAUCUCCCCCAAUACCCUGACUCAUUCUACCUCCAUCCCGAAUACUAUAACAAUCCUACUUUCGAUCUCUCGUCAGCGGCCUUUCCUCCCGUUGACCCUACUUCCCUGUUCUAUGACGACUCUCCGCCGGAUACUUCCCUCACUGCCGGGUCCAAUUCAAAUUCAACAAUAAAUACAGCCUUGUCCAGUCUGAGUGAUAGUAGCUAUCAAGAUCAGAUCAUUGGCUAUCAGGAUCCGACAUCUUCUCAACAUACUUCUUGCGCGACGAUACUUCACCCUCAUACCCACUCUCUUGUGCCUGUCACUGCUGAACCCGAUCUCGACCCGAUUGAUUCCUUGCUUAGUUCUCCGGAGCUGAGCGAGGAGUUGAAUCUGUUGGCUUCGCCUGGUGUGAAUUCUCUUCCUGAACCUGAAAUAGAUUUCACACCCAUGCCAUCCGUCAGCUCCACUACAUCCUCUCGAGCAGCCGCUCCUCCCAAAGAAGCCCCGAACCGUGUUAAGAAGCGGGAGCUAAACACCCUUGCUGCGCGACGGUAUCGUCAGCGCCGCGUGGAUCGGAUGAACCAGUUGGAGGAGGAGCUUGAGGCGAUCAAGCGCGAGCGGGACGAGUUGAAGAUGCGGGUUUCCAAGUUGGAGGGUGAGACGGAGGCGUUGCGAAGUAUGGUGAGGAGUCAGAAGUAAAAUAUAAACAAACUUUUCAUCUUCCAAAUUGCGGGAUUCUUGAACGUAAUUAGACACAGAACCAGCAGUGUUGUAUCCUCGAAUACCCAGAUGUGGUAUCGCCUGAGAUUAUCAUCAUCUUCCUAGCCAUGAUCGCCACCCCUUGCCAAUAACAACCAGACAUUUACGCCAUCGUACUAAAAUAGAAUACCCAAUCACCCCAACUGCCCCUAGUCAAUCCCCCGAACACGGAUCAUCAGUGCUCGGCUUUAUCAGCAGUCUAGAAAAGUGAGAUCCCCACUUCCGCACUGAUAAGCGGUGAUGUGGUGGUGCCACGUCAAACGGUGCCUUGGAGGACAAAGCGUCCAGCCG